AUGUCUGCCACUGCAGGAAAGACCAUUACUUGCAAGGCCGCCGUCGCCUGGGAGGCCGGCCAGCCCUUGAGCAUCGAGGAUAUCGAAGUUGCCCCGCCCAAGGCCCACGAGGUCCGUAUCGAAAUCUACCACACCGGUGUCUGCCACACAGAUGCCUACACUCUCUCCGGCAAGGACCCCGAGGGAGCCUUCCCCAUCGUCCUCGGUCAUGAGGGCGCCGGUAUCGUCGAGUCCGUCGGCGAGGGUGUCACAAACGUGAAGGUCGGCGACCACGUCGUCGCCCUCUACACACCAGAGUGCCAGGAGUGCAAGUUCUGCAAGUCAGGCAAGACCAACCUGUGCGGCAAGAUCCGCGCCACCCAGGGCAAGGGUGUUAUGCCCGACGGCACCUCGCGCUUCAAGUGCAAGGGCAAGGACCUGCUUCACUUCAUGGGCACCUCCACCUUCUCUCAGUUCACCGUCGUUGCCGACAUCUCAGUCGUUGCCGUCCAGCAGGAUGCUCCCAUGGACCGCACUUGCUUGUUGGGUUGCGGUAUCACCACCGGAUACGGUGCUGCCAGAAUUACCGCCAACGUCCAGGAGGGCGACAACGUUGCCGUCUUCGGUGCCGGCUGCGUCGGUCUCUCCGUCGUUCAGGGUGCCGUCGUGAACAAGGCUGGAAAGAUUAUCGUCGUUGACGUUAACCCCAACAAGGAGGAGUGGUCGAGAAAGUUCGGCGCGACGGAUUUCGUCAACCCCACCAAGCUCGGAGACCAGUCUGUGGUCGACAAGCUCAUUGAGCUUACCGACGGCGGCUGCGAUUUCACCUUCGACUGCACUGGUAACGUCAGCGUCAUGCGUGCUGCUCUCGAGGCUUGCCACAAGGGAUGGGGACAGAGCAUCAUCAUCGGUGUCGCUGCUGCUGGUCAGGAGAUUGCCACCCGUCCGUUCCAGCUCGUCACCGGGCGUGUCUGGAAGGGUUGCGCGUUCGGCGGUGUCAAGGGCCGCUCUCAGCUGCCCGGUCUCGUGCAGGACUACAUCAAGGGUGACCUCAAGGUGGACGAGUUCAUCACCCACAGGAAGACUCUGGGCGAGAUGAACAACGCCUUUGAGACCAUGAAGCAAGGCGACUGCAUCAGAGCCGUGGUCGACAUGCGCAAGUAA